GAUCUGCCCAUAAAUUCGGCGUGCAGAUGAUGACCGCCAGUACAAAACCACAACGACAUGUCAAUCUGUACAGAGCUAUGCGCGCUGAGCUGUAGAUAGUGAGCCUAAGCUGUGCGCGAAUAUGAGUCCGAGUCAAGGCAGCUUCACACUAUGACAAGAUGAAAAUGAGUCAUACAGGCUCAAACACAGCCCGCCAUCUUUUGUGUGCAAAUGACUCACCAGCACCGGCCAUUUUGGUGACACAGAAAACAUAUAAGGAAUCCAAUGUCUGCCCUUUUGCCAUUCUCUUCUUCCCUAUAACCACACCUUCAAAAGAUCUUGAUCUUCUACUUUGCCUAUUCCCACAAGAUGAACGCACUGUCUGAGAUUGCUGUUAACCACGGCCUGGCUCGCGAGGACUCACCCUCCUCUCGUCGCCAGAAGCUCUUUGAUACCGAAGGUGGGACUGCUAAAGGCCCGGGAGGAGCUCCCCAAAACAUGGAUUCACGCCUGCAAAGCAAGGCCAUCCCUAGCUUUCCCUUCUACCAACUGGCAUCGCCAUCUGCCUUCUCUAUCUCUUCCAUCGCCUCUGUUCAACCUGUUCAAGAGGAUGUCCUGCCUUUCACUUUCACUUCCACUUCCACUUGCACUAGCCCUACUACUACCACUACCACUACUACUUCCACCUCCACUUCCUCUCACUUCCCCGUGACGCCAUACAACUCCAACUUCCUUGGCGACAGCAUGCUCUCGUUUUAUUCCUUGGCAAGUGGCAACGAUGCUACUCCAUUCCAAUCUGCCAUCACGCUGGUUGAAGAGCCGUCUCGCCGUCGUUCGUGGGCCGAGAGUUUCCUUUCUUUGUUCCAUAUGAACGAGAAGCUGCCUGUCGAGCCUGAGGCGAUUGCGAAUCCUUACACCGGUUUCUGGCGCUCAAGGUCCACCAUCGCCAUCGUCAAUGCCUCAGAGGAAGCUGAAGAUGAGGACGAUGAUGACGACGACCUAUCUCGAUGUGGAGACUACACCACGAUGACUAGCAUCUCGGCACUUCCUGCCCCUGCCCUUGCUCUACGCACUCGGCCUUGGGUUGACAGCUACCUGUCGCUUCUCCAGCCAUGCGAGCUCAGCGCAAACUCAGAAUAUAGUACUACCCAUACCGCAAUCGCCCAACAGCCCAGUGGCCCUGAAUUCCGCUACCCCGUGCCAGUCUGGCUUGGGCAAUACAUUGCAGUAGCCCGCAUAGCCCAGCCAGAUGUUGCGAUUGACGAAUUGAUUGAGCUGUACGAGGCAUCCAAGUUCAUGCUCGAUGCGAACGGAAAUCCACUCAAGAUGCUUCCAGCAGAAGCGUUGCCCGAGCCCAGUACCAAGAAGCGUGCCUGGAAGAGGGCAUUGAAGAAGGCGGCCAGUAAGAAACACAAGAACACCGACGAAUGCGCAGACAACCGAACAUAUUACACGAAUCGCUCGAUAGGCAAGGCUCACUUAGCUCUGUCUGACAUCGAGCAGAAGCAUGAGCACAAUCCUAACCAGCCCAAGAGACGGACGAAAUUGGCACGCAAACUCGUAUCGCUCUUUACGAGCAAAGCCAACCGAUCGACAAAGGCUUGAGCGUCGCAAGCGCGGGAAGUAUCGCUCUCCAGGUGCGGCGCAGAGUGGUGAGUCCGGUUAUUCAGAUCCGCAAUGGUUGGCAGCUGAAUUAGAGAAGAAAAUGCGGUGGGAGACACAUUCGUUGUUCAUCAGUGCUUGUUGCUUGUACUUCCUGUUGCAAUCAUCGCUAUUUUGUUUCUGGCGUUUGUUUUAGUGUGUUUGUGCGUAGACAGUGCGUAGAGU